CGGGUCCUCCUCCUCCUCCUCCCUCUCCGUUUGGGAGCUCGGUGUCUCUCUUUCUCGGGGGGGCCGUUGGGUCCCCCGCAGCCGGAAUGGCGGUCCCCGCGGGGUCUGCGGCCGGAGGAGCCAGGGGCGGAGCGGGGGCGGUGGCCGAGUGGGGCGCCUUCGAGGACAACAUGCAGGGUGCGGGUUCUGCUGUGAUUGACAUGGAAAACAUGGAUGACACAUCUGGCUCCAGCUUUGAAGACAUGGGUGAGAUGCAUCAACGCAUAAAGGAAGAGGAAGAGGUGGAUGCAGAAGCAGCUGCAGCAGAUGAAGAAGAUGGAGAGUUCCUAGGGAUGAAAGGCUUUAAGGGACAAUUGAGUCGGCAAGUAGCCGAUGAGAUGUGGCAGGCAGGGAAAAGACAAGCCUCAAAAGCCUUCAAUCUGUAUGCCAACAUUGAUAUCCUCAGGCCCUACUUUGAUGUGGAGCCAAACCAAGUUCGGAAUCGGUUGCUGGAAUCCAUGAUACCUGUAAAGAUGAUUAAUUUUCCCCAGAAGAUAGCAGGUGAGCUGUAUGGUCCCCUCAUGCUGGUCUUCACGCUGGUGGCCAUUUUGCUGCAUGGAAUGAAGACAUCAGAUACAAUUAUUAGGGAAGGGACACUGAUGGGCACUGCAAUUGGCACCUGCUUUGGUUACUGGAUAGGUGUCUCCUCCUUCAUUUACUUCUUGGCAUACUUGUGCAAUGCUCAGAUCACCAUGGUGCAAAUGUUGUCACUACUGGGCUAUGGACUUUUUGGGCAUUGUGUUACUCUCUUUAUCACCUACAACAUCCACUUUCACUCCCUUUUUUAUAUCUUCUGGCUGGGGAUUGGUGGUCUUUCUACACUAAGAAUGGUUGCUGUAUUGGUGUCACGUACAGUGGGACAUACUCAGAGACUCAUCUUGUGUGGAGUGCUUGCUGCCCUGCACAUGCUUUUCCUCCUUUAUCUGCACUUUGCUUAUCACAAGGUUGUAGAAGGCAUCCUGGACACAUUGGAAAGACCCAACAUCCCUCCCUUUCAAAGAGUUCCCAGAGACAUUCCAGUUGGCUCCAUUCUGAAUACAACUACCAGACCUGUUGCUGCGCUGACCUCAUAGCCUUACAGACUCAUUCUCCCUGCCUCUUCAUGGGUCAUAUAUUCUGCUGCUGUUACCAGGGAAGAAAGAAAAAGUAACAAAAGCAGGACUUGGUUUCAUUUGCAGACCUCAUCUUGAAAGUGAGGGCAGCAGGUUCCCAGCAUGUUUCAGAGGAACAGCUUUUGUGCAACUUUGGCUGGAUUGUGCGAGGCAGAGCCUUUCUCCUGGCCGAUGUAUAUCUAGCUGGGAUUGCAUAGCUCAGACUUUUCCUCCAUACCUUUGUGCUUGCUCUUGUCUUUUUAGCCAGUGUACGUGUAAUCCUCUCUUUUGCCGAGGGAAGAAUUAAAUUAAAUUAAUGGCGGUUCUAAGCAA